AUGGAGGUCGUGCAGGGAGCCGCAGGGGCACCCCAGCUGCUGCACUUGGGGGCUGGGGUCAUCGCUCUGCUGUUGACGGUUGUGGCUGUGCGCUCCCUGCCCUCCCUGAUGGAUUACUGCAGGCAAUGGUGGGUGAUGAAGCCAAUCCCGGGUAUCAGCCCCUGUUAUCCUGUGUUGGGAAAUGCCCUACUCCUGGAGCAGGAGGGAGAAGGUUUUUUUAAACAACUACAAGUUUAUGUUGAAGAGUUGAGGAGUUGGCCAUUGUUCAAACUUUGGAUAGGACCAUUGCCUGUCGUGGUUUUGUAUCACCCUGGCAGUGUGGAGGUUAUUCUGAGCAGUUCAAAACAUAUAGAAAAAUCGUACCUGUACAAAUUCCUGCACCCAUGGCUGGGCACUGGACUUCUGACAAG